AUGGCAUCUGGUGGGUUUGUUGACUUCUUUCGGAAGCAAAAACUCUCCGGUGAACUCUUGAAGAAGUUGGAGACAACAUACCUAACUGUCAAUGCAGUGCUUGAAGACGCGGAGGAAUUGCAAGUUACAAAGCCUGCCGUGAGAAGGUGGCUUGAUGAGCUGAAAGAUGCAGUCUAUGAUGCAGAGCACGUCUUGGAUGAGAUUGCUACUCAAGCCUUGCAAAGCGAGUUGGACGCUGAAUUUCAAACCACUGCAAGUAAGGUACAAAAGUCCAUCUUUGCUUUUCGUAAUUCUUUUGUUGAAGAAAUAAAGCCAAUGAUACAAAAGAUAGUUGGCAGGCUAGAAUCUCUAGCACGGCAAAAGAAAACAAUAGGUCUAACAGAAGGUGGUGGAGGGAAAUCAUCUGAAAUAUUUGCCACGUCUUCUUUGGUUGAAGAAUCUGAUAUUUGUGGUAGAAAUGAUGAAAAGGAUGCAAUAAUUAACUUGUUGCUCUCAAACGAGGCACGUGGCAAUGAGAUGAGUGUGAUUGCUAUAGUGGGCAUGGGAGGGAUUGGCAAAACCACUCUUGCUCAGCUUCUAUACAAUGACAAAAGGGUGAAGGAGUACUUUGACCUUGAUGCAUGGGUUUAUGUUUCCAAAGAAGUUGACGUGACCAAGGUAACAAAAAAAAUUAUGGAUGAGUUAUCCUUGUCAACCGAUGAUACCGAUGAUAUUAUGAGUCUAAACCAACUCCAACUUACACUCAAGAAGAAAUUGACGGGGAAGAAAUUUUUAAUAGUUUUAGAUGAUGUUUGGAAUGAGAAUUAUGUUAAUUGGGAGGACUUAAGUAAACCUUUAAAAUCUGGGGCACAAGGAAGUAAGGUCAUCGUAACGACACGUGAUCACGAAGUUGCAUUAGUUAUGCGUGCUAGUUCAACUCAUCCUCUAAAGAAGUUACGAGAAGAAGAUUGUAGGUCAUUAUUUACAAAACAUGCUUUCUAUGAUGGUAACCCUAAUGCACAUCCACAACUAGAAGAAUUAGGUAGACAAAUUGUUGAAAAAUGUGAUGGCCUUCCUUUAGCAAUAAAAGCAAUUGGAGAUCUCUUGAGGUAUGAAUUGGAUGUUGAUGAAUGGAAUAAGAUAUUGAAGAGUGACUUAUGGGAUUUGCCAAUUGACAAGACAAAAAUUCUUCCUGCUCUAAAAUUAAGUUACAAGUAUCUCCCAUCACAUCUAAAGCGAUGCUUUGCUUAUUGUUCAAUAUUUCCAAAAAAUUAUAUUUUCAAAAAAAACAAGUUAGUCUUAUUAUGGAUGGCAGAAGGUUUCCUACAUGAAUCUAAAAAUAUGACAAUGGAAGAAGUUGGUGAUAAUUACUUCUCUGCUCUCGUAUCAAGAUCAUUAUUCCAACAAUCAAGUGGCAAUAAAUCACUUUUCACGAUGCAUGAUCUUGUGAACGAUUUAGCAACAUUUGUGUCUGGAAAAUUCAAUCUAAGGAUGGAGGGUGAUUAUUCUGGAGAAAAUGCGAACAAGGUUCGUCAUUUGUCAUAUGUUAGAGAAGAAUUUGAUGGCUUUAAGAAGUUUGAGGCUCUUUAUAAGACUAAGUUGUGCACUUUCUUGCCAAUAGACUUGUCUCAUAGUUACUUUUCCUACUUAACAAAAAAGGUACCACAUGAGUUAUUGCCAAUGCUAAAGUGCUUACGUGUGCUCUCUCUGUCUCUUUACCGCAAUAUGACUGAAUUGCCAGAUUUAAUUGGCAAACUUACACACCUGCGUUACUUGGAUCUCUCUUCCACUAGAGUUCAAAAAUUGCCUGAUUCCAUAUAUAAGUUGUGCAAUUUACAAACAUUGAUUUUGUCACAAUGUGGAAUGCUUAUUGCAUUGCCAAGCGAUAUGUGGAAACUCGUUAGUUUACGUCAUCUUGAUAUUACCGGUACUAGAAUAACAGAGAUGCCAAUACAAUUGGGUAGAUUAAAAUGCCUACAGACAUUGACCAAAUUUAUCGUUGGCAAAGGGAGUGGGUCGUGCAUUGAAGAGUUGGGAAAACUUACAAAUCUUCGGGGAUCGCUUUCUAUAUUAAAGCUCCAAAAUGUUGAAUCUUCUAUUGAUGCUCUAGAUGCAAGCUUGAGGAAUAAAAAGUACCUCGAAGAGCUGGUAUUAGAAUGGGAACGUGAUGAUAAUUUUUCAGAAAGUCAGAAAAUUGUACUUGAUAGUCUCCGGCCCCAUACAAACUUGAAAAGCCUCGCUAUCAAAUACUAUUGUGGUAGAAGUCUUUCAGAUUGGAUAGGGCUUCCUUCAUUCUCUAAACUAGCGUAUCUUCGUCUACAAAACUGUUAUUAUUGCAGUAGCUUGCCAUCCCUUGGACAGUUACCCUCUUUGCAGAACCUCUCUAUUGUUGGGUUUAAUGAAGUUGUUAGAGUGGGUUCUGAGUUUUGUGGCAGCGGCGGCUCUUCUUCAGUUAACUCAUUUGGUGCCUUGAAAGUUCUAAAAUUCGAGGUUAAAAGGAGGAUUGCCCGUCCAUCUUCCUUCUUUAACCAAACUUCAGAUUAUUAA